ACUAAUAUCUUUUUGGUAUUUGAAGAUAGGAUAGUCUGUAGGGUCAAAUGGAUAAGCCGGUGGAUAGUCAAAAGGAGAAUUAGUAAGAUUAGACAAUCCCAGUUUUCUUCAUUGUUGAAGAGAAGCUUCUUCAUUGCUCGACUAAUUUGAGCAACGAAAAUGAAGUAGCAACGAUUACAAGUAUCCAUUUGAUAUUGAAAUAUAAAUCAGCCACUUCAUAUGUAAACCAUGGCACCAUGCUUGAGUUGUUUCAGCACAUUCUUCUGGGAAUUAUACACAUUGCGGAACACGAUCGUCACAAGACGGCUGAACUGCGUCAUUUGUGUCAACAAAAACAAGCUAUUUCAGUUCCUUUUCAGCGAAUCAUUGAUCAAAACCAUCCCAGACAUCGACACAGCUAGACUUCUGAAAGCAAAUUCGUUCUCUCUUCGACGAGUCUAUCUGCAAUAACAAAGACAGUCGCACAGAUCAACGACGAUCUUGUCUGAAAAGCAUUAUGAAUUCUCGAGUGCACUUCGCCGUCCUGAGCUUGAUCUGGUUGGUUAUCCUGUGUGACAAAACGCAUGCAUUUUGUGACGCACCAAGUGAGGAUCUGAGUGCUGACCUAACCCAGGCCGUUGUUCGUUCCUCAGACUGGUUGAGGAAAACAUAUCGCGAGAACACCACGGUCCUUCGUCCCUAUCGAGCUGGGUCGUUAUUCGCAACGCUCAGAAUCGCUGGCCACUAUCCGGACACCUUGCUUUCGGAAUUCAAAGACGGACAGGGCUUUUCGAUCGACGAAACACUGAAAAAUUAUCUUUAUUCUGUGCAACAAAGCCAUGGAAACCUAUCAAGCAUUGCUCCUCCCCAUCUUGGGCUCAUUAUUCAAGGAGUGGUGUCGAUCUGUCAGGACCCCGAGAAUUUCCAUGGCUACGAUCUGAUACAACCCUUGCAUGACGGGUUUUCCAAGUUCAAAAAGCAAGCGGAUUUCAAUAAUUACUUCGGGUAUAGUCUGGCAGUAAUUGCGUUGUGCAACGCAGAUCAUAUCGUCCCGGAUAGCAUCAUCCAGGAGUUGAUUGAAGGCGCGAAAAGAGUUGUGUCGUAUCAUUCAGUCGACACAGACGCGUUAAUUUUGACAGCUCUGUCAUGUGUCAGGACCUCUAAUAGCUCCCUGCAACACGAAGUGGACAGAUCAUCUCAUGAACUUGUUGAAAGCUUAAUUUCAAUGCAAAAUAAUUCAACAGGGGCAUUUGGAAAUCAAUAUUCAACUGCUCUUGCAGUCGAGGCUCUCCAGGCUGCCCGCGUUCAUACAGACACUUAUGAAUGUGAAAAAGCGUUAAGAAACAUACUUUCGUAUCAAGGACAGGAUGAAGAAGGGUCAUUUGGAUCAAUUCUGGCAAAUAUUCAAGUAACUCCCGCUCUCUUGGGAGAAUCACUCAUCAGUUUAAAAGAAUACCAUUGUCCCGCAGCGCCAACACCUUCUCCCACUCCACAGGUGAUCACAGUUAGUGUGGAGCUCGUUUUCAAGGUAGCGCCAGAGAGAACUGAGCCUGAGGUGUCUGUCAACAUAACUGAGGGUCAAACAGCGUACAACGCUUUAGAGUUGGCGAAAUUGCAGAAUCCUUGUUACAAUGCCACGUAUAAACAAUAUUCUUUCGGCCGUUCCAUUACCAGUAUCUGUGAUGUUUCCUCCGACGGUAGUAAAAGUCAAUACUGGUUGAUCGACGUGAACGGAAAAUCUGCCAAGUUUGGCGUAGAUGGAUUGAAACCAAAAGAUGGCGACCUGAUUACAUUUAAAUAUGUAAAACUGAACUAGUUUAGAUAGUCAUAACUGUCAUUGAAACGCAUUGAUUACAGCAAACAGAUUAACAAAAGAGAUUUAAAUUGGAACAGUUACGGAUAACAACUCGUCAAGUGAAAUUAUAGUCUAAAGACGAAGCUUUGCAUGCUUUAAUUGAAGAACAUAAAGUUCAUCGCGACAAAGAACAGUGUUCCGGGAAUUGAACCCAGUAACCGUGUGUACAAGUCAGCUUCCAUUAGACCAUUAUGUUUUCUAUUCUGAGGGCGUUUACGUCAGACAUUAAAGUCUACUGGGUUGCGAAAAUAUUCUAAACUUUUUAUCGAGUAUAACGAGACAUACCAAUUAUGCGGAUAUAAAUUGUCAACAGAAAUGUUUAGCUUUCAUGCAAUUUUAGUCGUGAAAAGUUCAAUUUUCGUAUGGAAAACCAACCGUAAACACGCUUCCGAACACACGGACACUGUUUUUUUACGAGGGAAACCAGAGUGCCUGGAGAAAAACCCUCACCGAAAGCCGGAAUUAAACACAAAGUACACAAGUUUGAGAUUUUAUUAAAACAAAGUCAUGUAUUACAACAAAGUCAUGUAUUACAACAAAGUGUGUGUGUGUGUGUUAAAGAUAUUGAAAUCAAGAGAGAGGAGACGGACAAUUUUGGUCCUAUUUUUAUUAAUACUUCACUAAACGU